AGUAAUAUUUAUGGAAUCAACUCAUACAGCUCGUGACCACAGUUACUGUAUUAGGUGAACUCCCAUUAUGAAUCCAUUUGUAACAAAAACAUUUGUUGAUUUCCUAAAAUAUAAUGAUAACUUUCCACCAUCGCUGGAACAGUCACUAGGGCUAAACAGAGGAUAAGAAGCAAAGGGAAAUGAUGGACACAAACUUUUCACGUAUAGAUAACUUGCUACGUAAUGUUGCACAACCUGCUGUAAAAGUAACAUUUGACACAGAGUUUAGCCCCGUAAUACUACAACAAACACUUGAUCGACAAAGAGCAAAAGUAUUGGAGCCACUGAGGAAAAAGAAGGUUAUAUCUAGAGAGCAAUGGAGUUUACUAUUUCCGUACCCGAACAAAGGUAAGGCCUGUUCAACUACAUUUGAUUUGAAUUUGAUGACUUGUCUCUUACGAAACCUUACACAGAUACCAGUCGGGGAUGAAUUACCCUGUCAUGCAGAUAAAAGUGAAGGCGCAGAUUUGUCGAGAUUGAAAUACUACAGGAAUAUGAUUGCUCACUGCGCUAGCAAAGAUGCUAAACUAACAAACGAGAAAUUCGAGAUAUAUUGGAAUGAUAUAAGUCAGAAAAAACAAAUAGUGAAACAAGUAUAAAAGGCAAUUGUAAGACUUGGCGGUGCACAUUUUCAGCCGAAGUGUCUUAGUUUGAAAGUCGGUGGAGCAAAUGAUUGUGUUCCUAUAGGUUUAAAACGACUACACAAAGAGUUGAUAGAAGAAUGGAAAAAAGAAAAAAAUUAUGUAAUAGAAACAAUAGCUAUAAAACGCUUAUUAGAUUUGAUUGAAAACAAUACCAGCGUAAUGGCUGUUGGAUCUUCCGGUUGCGGAAAGUCUACUUCUAUUCAUUAUGUGGCACUUUCGUUAUAUCAAAAGCAGGGAUAUGAAGUCAUCCAUGUCUACAGCCCAGAAGAAAUAAGACAGUACUAUAAUCCUGAAUGUAAACAAGUAAUAGUUUUUGAUGAUUUAUGUGGGAAAUCUACCAUUGAUUUUAACUUAGUUAAUAAUUGGUCGAGGUUGUUAAAUGAUAUUAUAAGAAUAUUAGAGGAUACAAAUAUUAAAAUGCUUUCAUCGUGUAGAACACAUAUUUAUCAAGAUCGUACAUUUAAAGGCCUGGAUUUCUCAUCAACAAUUGUAUGUGAUCUUCUAUCUGAAGAAUACCGUCUCACACGGUUGGAAAGACAGCUUAUAGGCCAGAGGUACUUAUCUAGAGGUGAAAUGAAGAAAAUAGAAAAUACUAUUGAAAAGUUUGAAUUCUUCCCUCUGCUAUGUCGCCUUUAUUCUAAACAUAAAGUUAACGAAAUAGAGGCUUUUUUUUCUAAUCCGGACACUAUUUUACGAAAUGAUUUGAAAUCGUUCAUGCAAGCACAAGAUCAAAAAACAAUUGCAAUACUGACUCUUUUCAUCGCUUAUAACAAUAACUUACACAAUGAUGUGCUAUCACCAGCCUCUGGAAUAAAACAAAAAAUAGAAGUGAUAUCUGAUAACUUUCAUUUGCAAACGCAUUUGUCAAUCCAAGUUGUAAGGUCAGAAUUGAAUAAUUUAAGGUGUUCUUAUGUCAAAUGUAGUAAAGAAAAAUAUAGUUUUCUCCACGACAAACUUUUUGACAUAUUGGUAUCAUUCCUCGGAGAUCAUAAAUUUGACCUGAUUUUAAAUAUUGCACAUACAAAUAUCAUACGUGAUAGUUUUCUGCUCGAAUCAUUGUUAAAACCGUGUACAGUAUUAAAGAAAAACGAAAACAUUAUUAUAGUUCAAAAAGAUAAAGAAAAGGAUUUUAUUUUUCGUUUAGUAAAAGAUUUCGAGGAUGGAUAUAUCAAAAAUGUAAUUUUAAAUGAACAUUUACGUGAUAAAAGUUUUAGGAAGAAACUAGUUCAAUUGAUUAGCCAGUCUGUCGAUAUGGAAAAAAUGAUAUGCACUAUGUCAAGAAAUACAUUAACUACAUUGUUAGUAUUUAUGGUUGAUCAAAAUUAUUGUGAUUUACUUUCAAUAUUUUUGAUAGAAAGCUAUAAUCUAAAUGAAUGUGAUUGGGAGGAAUCGCCGCUGUGUAUAGCUAUAAAGAAAGAAUAUACUGAUAUUGUCAAAUUAUUGUUAGAUCGUAAAUGUGACAUUAACUUCUUCAAAACGGGCAGUCAAACACCUUUAUAUGUUGCUGCAAGGAAAUCAAGGAAUGGUUAUUCUUUUGUAAAACUACUGCUAGAGCACUCAGCCAAGACUGAUAUCCGAGGUCUUUUUGGUAGUACUCCUCUCUAUACAGCUACCAAGAAAAAUAAUGUUGAAGUUGUGAAGCUACUAUUAGAUCGCUCAGCUAACCCGAAUAUAAGUAACGAUUACAAUAAUACACCACUUCAUGUGGCAAUUGCAAAAGGUUAUUAUGAAAUUGCCAUGCUGUUGCUAGAGCAUAAAGCUGAUUUUAAUUUUCAAGAUGUAGACAACAAAACGCCUUUGUUUCUGUCAGCAGAGAAUAAAAAUGGUGUUAUUAAAGAUUUCAUAUCAAAGAUGAGUAACAGUGUAAAUGUAAGACGGCAGUAUAAUUCAGCACUUUUAUACAUAGCUUGUAACAGUGGUGAUUUCAACGAAGUGAAAAACAUAUUAUUGCAAGGUAACAUUAACGUCAAUAAUAACGAAAACGAAUUUUUGCAAACAGCUCUGUAUAUAGCAUCAGAGAAGGGUCACAGUGACAUCGUUUCUCUGUUGUUCGAUCAUCAAUGUGAUGCCAAUAUCAGCAACAAAAACAAAGACCUACCUUUACACGCAGCCGCGCAAAAAGGUCAUACAAAAGUUGUUGAAUUUUUAGUAACAUACAACGCUAAUGAUCUUAAUAAUAACGAUAAUAAGUGUAAAAAGUCGCCUCUAUAUUUAGCAUCAGAACAAGGUCACACCAAAAUUGUUAAAUUGCUCAUACAUUAUGAAUGUGAUACUAAUUUAACUAAUGAAUGCAAUCAGAGCGCUCUUUUCGUAUCAUCAUGCAACAACCAUGCAGAAAUUAUAAAAUUAUUAUUAGAAAACAAAAGUGAUCCAUACAUCUGUAAUUCACAUGCACAAACACCUCUUCAUGCAGCAUUAUCCAACGAUCAUACGCAUAUUUUAAAUCUGCUAUUGGAGUAUGGAGUUGAUCCUAACUACGCACCUUUUUGCACUACUACUCCUUUGUGUCUUGCUGUAGCUGAAGGGAAGACAAAUACUGCAAAAUUAUUAUUGAAUUACAGAGCUGAUCCUAAUAUUGUCAACAAAAACAAUGAAACAUCUUUACACGUAGCAGCAACGAGAGGGUAUAUAGAUAUUGUGAAACUUUUGCUCACUAACUCAGCUAACCCUGAUAUAAGAGAUAAUCAUGGUAAAACUGCUCUGCAUAUAGCUACUGAGAAGGGGUAUUCUAAAAUUAUAACUUUGUUGCUUUUGUUUCAAGCUAAUCCUUAUUUACAUGACAUGUACAAUAAAACACCUUUCUUUAUUUCUGUAGAAAAGGACAUUGAUGUUAUUUUGAACAUUAUAUUAAAGACACUUCCUAAGGUAAAUGUUAGACAGACAUAUGUUUCAAUGUGCUUGUACAAAGCGUCAAAAUGUGGUGAUUUACAAAAGGUUAAAUUAUUGUUCAAACAGAAUACUGAUAUAGACUUCGAUUAUUCGGAUAAUGAAUGCAAGCAAACAGCUCUGUAUAUAGCAUCAAAGAGAGGUCAUAGUGAUAUUGUAUCAUUUUUGUUAGAUUUAAAAUGUGAUCCUAAUAUUGCCAAUAUGUACAAUGAGACUCCUUUGUAUAUCGCGCAUUGCAACGGUUAUACAGCUAUUGUGAAAGCACUGCUCAAAAUGAACAGUUUUUUCUUUGAAAAAAGUAAUCGAACAUCCCUAUAUAUGGCUUCAUCUGAGGGUCAUACAGACAUCGUUAAAUCAUUGUUGAAAUAUAAUAUUGAUGUUAAUUCGACUGAUAAUGAAUACAAACAAUCAGCAUUGUAUGUAGCGUCAAAAAAUGGUUAUAUUGACAUUGUUGCCUUGUUAAUACAUAAUGGGGGUGAUAUCAAUUUGACUAAUAAAUAUUGUCAAACACCCCUUUACAUAGCAUCAAGUAUGGGUCAUACUGGUGUUGUAAAACUUUUGUUAGUAAACAAUUGUGAUCCUAAUAUAUGUAGUGUAUACGACCAAACUAGUCUCCAUGUAGCAGCAUAUCGUGGUCAUAUUGACAUUGUUAAACUUUUGUUACAAUAUAACUGUGAUCCUAAUAUUUGUGAUAUGUAUAAUCAAAAUCCUAUUCAUGGAGCAUCAUAUGAGGGUCAUACAGAAAUCAUAAAACUAUUGAUAGAACACAAUUGUAGUCCAAACAUAUUGAACAAAUAUGAACAGACACCUCUAGAUGUAGCUAUAAACAAUCGUCAUGAAACUGUUGUUGAAAUAUUGUUGGAAAACAUUUGAUUUUAUGUAGAAAGGUCUUAUAUAUAUCUAAUUAAUUAGAGAUAUUGAAAAUUAUUGAUAUGAUCUUACUGCAUUUUCUUUCUAUGUCAAGACUGAUUGUGAUCAACAACACUGUCUGUAUGAAAGAAAAAAAAUAUUUACUUCUUACAUGCUCUUGAUAUGUAUGUAUUAUCUGUGUCAUUUAUGUGCAUUUAAUAAAGAUAACUUAAAUGAAA